AUGGGCAUUUGCUUGGGGGUUGCUAUGGAACAUCCGGAUGAUGAACAUGCCCAGAUGCGAGCGGCGGUGUUUGUGAACAUGGUGCUCAUACGGCAGGCAAUGCAUGGUUGUAAGACCAUCAUGCCCGAGAACAAGCUUCGGGACCUUCAAGCAGCGAAUUUCAUCUUCCAUAUAUCCCUGAACUGGAUGGCAUCAUACUCCAUACAGAGACGUGAGCUGCUGUGGAAAAUCCGUCCAAAGCUACAUCAGCUUGACCAUGUGGUCAUGGACCAAGCACAAAGAUGCAACCCUUUAUGGGUUGCGUGCUACGCAGACGAAGAUUAUGUAGGAAAAAUUAAAAAAAUGGCAGCUCUUGCAGUGCCAACUGGACUUGAAAUGCAAGUUUUGCAGAGAUACUGCGCCUUUGUUUGCACAAGGUGGCGUCGCCAAGUGCUUACCAAUUAA